AUGGACUACACGCAGCAGGCAAUACACAACAUCAAUGGCACUCCAAAAGGCCGCUGUCGACUGAAGUUUGUCGACUUCGAGACUCGUGAAAACAGCAUUUCCCAUGAAACUCAGGGGCUUAGCUGUAACCACCUGGUGGUUCGACGAGGGAAACCAUUCAAAGUGACGCUAAAGUCUGACAGCUGCCUGUGGAAUCGCUGCACUGAGAGGCUGGUGCUGGAGGUUUGUUUAGGUGGCCUGUACAGUAGAUUCCCAGUCCUGUUCUCUGAGGAGCAGUCCAACCCACAGCCCGGUGACUGGUCAGCCACAAUCUACCCAGGGAAUAUGCAUCCCCAGUCAGUCACAAUCCACAUCUGCUCCCCAGUCAUGUCCUCCGUGGCUCUGUAUCAGCUCCUGGUCCACAUAGAGAGCAAGCAGCACAGAAUUAGUUCCAUACUGGGAACAUUUGUGCUGCUCUGCAACCCUUGGCUGAAAGAUGACCCAGUAUACAUGCCAUUGGAUGUCCAUAAAGAAGAGUACAUCAAAAGUGACUAUGGACUGGUUUACAUGGGGACCACUUUAAAUGUUAGCAAUCGUCCAUGGGCUUUUGGUCAGUAUGAGCCUGGAGUCCUGGAAGCAUGUCUGAAGCUCCUCGAGGUCAGCCCACAGCACCUCAGUGACAGAAACAAAGAUUAUAUUUUACGAGCAAACCCAGUCUACCUCAGCCGAGUGAUCUGUGCUAUGGUAAACUGUAAUGAUGACCUGGGUGUUCUGGAGGGGAAGUGGCAGGGCAGCUACGAAGGUGGUGUCAAGCCUACGGAUUGGAGCAGCAGUGCUGACAUCCUUCUCCGCUGGGCCUCAUCCAAAUACAGGCCUGUGCGUUAUGGCCAGUGCUGGGUCUUUGCAUCCGUCCUCUGCACAGUAAUGAGAAUUCUGGGGAUUCCCUCCAGAGUGGUGACAGUUUUCAAUGCAGCCCAUGAUGGAAAUGCCAACUUGAAAAUUAAGGAGUUUUACACGAGAACAGGAGACAAGCUCAACAUGUCGAAGGACAGCAUUUGGAACUUCCAUGUGUGGGUGGAGUGCUGGAUGAGGAGACCAGACCUUGGUGUGGGGUGUGAUGGCUGGCAGGUAGUAGACCCAACACCCCAGAAAAAGAGUGCAGGGAUAUUUUGCUGUGGCCCUUGUCCGGUAGCUGCAAUCCAGGAACAUUGCUUGGCCGCCCGAUAUGAUGCCCCAUUCAUCUAUGCCUCUGUCGAUGCUGAUGUCACAAGGUUUAUUGUGCACAAUGGUCUGGGGGUGGGAAGGACAGUGGACACUGAGUGUGUUGGACAGCUGAUCUACACCAAAAGCAUCGGCUCAGACAAACCAGAGAAUCUGACGCUGACUUACAAGGCUGGAAAAAGGGAAAAACCUUCAGUCUCUGCAAGAACACUGCAACGUCCAGCUCAGAUGAUGUCCUUGUGCUCUGCUUCGCGGUCCAGCACACUGGAAGAUGCAGCAGGUAUAAUGUCACCCGGUUUGAAGGUGACCCUAAAAAUAGAAGGGGUGCCAAAACUGGGUGAGAGCAUCCGCAUGUGUGUGACCAUUACAAACCAGUCAAGGAGCCCCAGAGUUCUGAUGGAACACGUCAGCGCUCAGAUGAAAGAGUACAACAGCAACCCGAAUGAGACCUUCUGGAAAACACAAGGAGAGCUGCACAUACAGCCGUCUGAAGUGCGAACACUCCACCACACCAUCCUUUAUUCUGAAUAUGAGUCACUCCUGGCAGGUGAUGAUAUUGUGAACUUGGCAGUGGUGCUAAAGGACACGAGGACCAAAGAAACCUUACUGGCUGCAGAAGAGUUCAGCAUAAGACCACCACAAAUAACUGUAGAGAUUGAAGGAGGAGACUCUAUCCAAAUGAAGAAGGAGCACACAGCCCUCGUGUCUUUCACCAACAGCUUUAGCAAAGUUCUGUCUGGAGUUGUGCUGACUGUGGAGGGAUGCGGCUUGCUGGCGGGCAAACGUGAGGCCGAGUUGGUUUUCCUGCAGCCAGGCAAGAAGAUUGAGAAGAAGGUGUCCAUCAUGGCUACUUCAUCUGGCACCAAACUGCUGAUGGCCACUCUGUCACACAGCAACAGCCCCAACAUCAUUUCCAGGUGCUACCACAAAGUCUCCGACUGUUUUGAGACCACAGAUUGGCAGAUAUUUGGGGUUGCAGAAGCAUCAGGGGACAAUGUGUACUUAGACGAGUGCACAUCAUCUGUCCUGGGCUACAUCAGGAUGUUCAUGGAGGAGGACGACAACAAAGCAGCACUCAGAGCAGCUAGGAAAUACCUGUCGAUGGAUAUAAAGAAAGAAAAGUCCACAUAUGCCCUCAAGAUCCAGGGCCAUUUCAACACACAUGACCCACAAAGCACGUGGAAGGUCAUCAGCCAUCAGAGUAACAACUGCAGAGGUGAGGAGAACAUCUGGAAGAGGAGAUCCCUGAUGGGGUCCCAGGGGUUUUUAGAGACUGUGCACACCACAUCAUGCCUCAAGACGUCAGCCAUCAUCUCCGUGCCAAAAACCUCUUCAACAUCAUGCCUCAAUGAUUACCACCCUGUUGCACUCACCCCUGUCAUUAUAGUGCUUCGAGAAGUUGGUGAUGAGGAACUCGAUGUAGUGGAGGACUCCCACCAGUAUGCAUACAGGCAGAACCAGUCCACAGCCAACGCCAUUGCAGCUCUCACUCACCUGGAGUACAAGGACUCCUACAUGAGGCUGCUAUUCCUGAAUGUCAGUUCUGCAUUUAACACCAUCAUCCCAAAGAAACCAGUGUGGACACCAGCUGGCAGCACUGGGAACCUCCUCAUCCUUAUGCAGCUGGAUUCUAGGCUUCCUGAUGUGCAGGUCACAGAGGGUCAAAAUCAACGACAACACAUCCUCCACCAUCAUCCUGAACACUGGCUCUCCACAGGGCUGUGUGCUCAGCGUACUGCUGUACAUGCUAAUGACCCACAAUUGCAGAGUCUCGUAGUGAAGCUUGCAGAUGACACAGUGGUGGCUGGUCUCAUCAGCCACAGGGACGAGUUAGUGUACAGGCGGGAAGUAGAAGACCUGACAUGCUGGUGCAAAGACAACAACCUCAUCAUCAGCAUUCAGAAGACCAAAGAAAUUGUGGUGGAUUUUUGCAGGACUGGUGCAAUUUCCCCUCCUCUCUAUAUCGAGGAAACAGCAGUGUAA